GACAGAUGUCCUAGUGGCCAAAGGGGAACCAACGACUCCAAGCGACAUCUCGACUCGUUUGGCGCCAGAUUUACUCGGACCAAUCGGAGUCGGCUACUCCGUAUUUACGUGACUGCGUGUGUACGCGGAAUAGUCCUGUUUUUUCGUCCUCGUUUGUUUGUGUGAUUUCGCGCGCUUUUGUGUCGCCCGCUGUCCGGACGUCUUAUAUACCAACGGGUCGGAAAAUCGGGCUCCAAAAAAAGGGAUUAAAAAAGGCGUGAGAUUUGCGGCCGACUGCUGGACGACUGCCAGAGGACUGAAAUCUUAAUUAGCCAUUUAAUGGCAGUUGGCAGACAACAAAGGCCGAUGUUGUUUUUCCGGAAGCAUCGGGAGCAGAAGCAGCAGCAGCCGCAGGAGGAACUGUAGCACGGCCAAAAGCCGAUCAGCGGGCCAUUCAGCUUUGAGUGUUUUAUGGUCCCGGAGUGGCAGCUACAGAGCUCUAACAACUAACUACUAACAAGAACAACACACCGGCUUAAGGCAGCAGGAAGUAUCAACACGAGCGAAGGAAACAAACCAAUCUAUAAAGAUGGCCGGCGGGGGCAGGACAGCCGGCAAAUACGGUUAUUCGGACAACAAUUAUUACAGUGGUCACUCGUACAAGAGCAUCAACGACGAGAUUAUACUGGUCAGCAUCAUAAUGGGGAUUACCAUACUGGUCCUCAUCACCAUCGCCCUGUGCUACAUUGCGUAUGAGAAAUGCCAGAAGAAGCGGGAGUAUUACAUUAACGCCUAAAGAAAGAUGAGGCUUCCUUUUUCUUUGUCCUGUGUUUGCAUUCUUUUGCAUCGGUGGCACAGCAAGGCUAAAUGUCAACACGGUCUGCUACAAUGUUGACGUUGACGAUUUAGUUGGCCAACAAAAAUAGCCCAGAGUGGCUGCAACCACCAUUGUUUUUUUCCGCACACAAACCCAAACCCAAACCCCGGCAGACACGUACUAUACACAAAUCGGAAAGCGGAGGAAUUUGUGCUGUUUAAACGUCCGCAUUCUCUGUUGGUUUUGCCACAGUUGCAGUUUCUCAAGUGGCAGGGAGCAUGGCUCUAUUGUUUGCCCACUGUGCACAGUGGGUUCCUCUCGGCCACUUGACAUUUGUCCAGCCAAUUAGGCGUUCGCCAUUUCGUAAACGGUUGUUUUAAGACCGCGUUAGACAAAAUAUAAUCAGCACAAGGAAUUGCUUUGCGCUUGAAUAGCACUCCUUAAAUUUGGCACUAUGUAUGUCUGACUGCCAGACAAAGAGGGUCUCAAGACUUUCAUAAACUCGUGUUUUUAUGCCGCGCCCGGGUAUUUCAAUUUAAAAUGCAAUUCACUCGCAUUCCACCAUGCAGCAACCUUUUGUUUGUCAAACCGAGGAGGAAUAAUAAAAAAGAGCCAACCGAAACCCCAUACCACUGCAUAAUGGCGGCGAACGAAAAAUAAGCGAUACUUUUGCAAGUGCGCUGUGUCGAUAUUGUUGCCCCAAAGCAUUGGGAACAUUGUGCAUACGCACGGGGAAAAUGUGGCAAGCUAUAGCAAAAAGCAUUGGUUAUAAAGCAUAUUUCUAUUAAAAAACGAAGAAUCUAAUUUUCGAUUUAAUUUAUCUUUUUUUUACAAAUUGUUUUACUUACAUAUAACAUAUCUCAUAAAACCGUUUUAAAACUUGUUUUGCUUGCAUAUUCAAGAAUGGAAUGAAUUGAUAUUCAUUUUUUAAAAAACAUUUUCAAACGAUAAAGGUUUUUUAAGAAUUUCAGUAUUACUAAAUCAAAAAAGUUCUUUUUGGUUCUCAUAGCGCUUAAAUUGUAUUUCACCUUCUGCUUAAAUAUUUUCUGUGUGUAUUUCCACACACAUUCCAAUUUCGAAUAUUGACAGCGCGGGAGCAUUUAACCAACCAAUGGACGGAGACAAGCCCGGCUAGUGAGUGACUUUUCUUAUAUCCCUUUCGGUUGGCCUUCUUUUUGCUUUCGGGGUUUUAUUCGGAUGUGGGUUCAAGAACGUAUCUCGAGGCUGUAAUAAUAAAAACAGUAACGGAAACUGGGUGCAAUGCACACGAACAAAGCAUGAAAGAACAAUAAAAGAAAUCGCCCAGCGAUUUUGUGGCAGCAAAGCGAUUCUGAACCGGAGAUAGAGGCCAGAAAGAGUUGGCAUUAAAUUAGAGCAAAAUGAGCCACAUUUAAAGGUCCUUUGCCAAACUGAGCUGAUAGCAUAUAUUAAAGCCCUUGUCUUGUCGGCCGGAAGGUCAAAAAAAAAUGUAUGUUGAGUAUAAAUCUUAUUACCGACACACAUCCCAUCCACAAAGAAAAAGCAAACACAUCCGCCUUUUUGCCAAUGUGUCGAGAACUCAAUGUUAAUCAGCUUAGACAACCUCCGUCAUCGGUUUCGAGGCAUUUCGUUGUAUUUUCUGUUUUUUUAGGCACAUCAAGGGGCCUGAGAGCAAACAAAUAACUCGACUCCGUGGGUGUGGUGUUUUAUCCCCGGGAAAUGCUUUUAAAAAUUAAACAACUGAUAAAUGACAAAGUUCGUUGGACCAGAAAUUAUCGUUUGACAAAUUGGCAGGCCAUGAUGAGAGCUCAUCAAUUGCUUGGCAACCACGUGGAGACCGAGUCCUGUUAAAUCCUGCGACUGGAAAGCACUUACAGCAAAGCCAGACGAAUUACUUAUGACUAAAUGGGUCUAUUGACAUGGAAAAUUAACCCUAAGAAGAUUUUACGUUGAAUAACGAGUUUAUGCCUGAAGUUUAUUUUUAUCUUGGGGUCAUAAGUCCUAUUAUUCCAGGACCUAUUCACGUCUUUAAGCUUGGUUGGCUUAAACCCUAUAUGAAGUAAAGAAUUUCGUUUGUUAUCAAUAAAACAUUUUCAUUGACUUAACUUAAAAGUCAAUAGCAAAGUGUCAGCUUGCAUUAAAGUUGUGUUUAGUUGGUUUUUUAAAUAAAUUUGUUUCUUUUUACUCAUUUUUUUUUUUUUAUAAUACAUUAUUAACCUAUUAAAGAAUCUCCAUUCUUCAUAAUUUAAAACUUUGACCACAAACUGCGCACAAAAGUUAACUUGACACUCAACCACCGAAAUGUAGUUUGAUAGUGCAUCAUCAACAAUAGCCAUGGAAAGUAAAAAAUGGAAAGGGAAAAACUUUACUAAUUAUCCGUUAAGCAAGAAAAAUACCAGCAUAAAAACGCAGAGACGCUCAAAGAGCAACAAUAAAUUUUACGACGACCAUAAAAAAAAGAUUGGACGAACACGCGGGGCACAAAUUUAAGCACUUUCGUGUGUCUGAGUCAGGAUAAAUUUAGUUUUGGGGAGCAAAGGUUCGCCACUUAAAAUGCAUCCUUAUCCUUUCAAACUUCAUUGCGCUGCGUGCGAAAAGAAUGACUCAAAGCUUUUUAAACGGACUCAGAUACACAGCCACCCAAAAAUACUCUCCCACAGCACAUGUAGUCAACUUUACGUCCAGUUUUAUAGUUUUUUUAUGUAUAGCUGUCUCACUAAUUGCCACAUGACUUGGCCAAAGAUGAAAAGGACGCCCCAGGACGAAACGAAAUUAAUGAAAUUACUUUAGUGUCGCUGGAACGGACGUAUUGUGUAUUGUAUAUGCAUUUAUCCAAUUGCACUUCGAGCGUAGCAUAUAGAUAUCUAUGUAACCGAGAUAGAUGUGACCACUUAUACUUAGUAAACUAUUGAAUUUGUAGCUAAUUCGAAGGCAGUGCACUCUUUUUUGUCAUGAAAAGGGGGACCAAACGUACAAUGAAACAAAGAAUUCAAUACGAAAAAUGUGUACUUUAUUUUAACUAACUAAAUCUGAAUAAGUGAGAUCUAUAAAUGUUGAUAGUAGUGUGAAAAUUGUUACAACUAUAUUCGAUAUACUUUAUGUACAACAAUACAAUAAAAAAGGUUUAUGCAUGUUAUUAAACAUAAGUUUGAGAUUUAUUCAGAAAUCUGAUAUGAAAAUGUUACUUUGAGUACUAGCAAAUAUUUAAAAGUAAAUAAAACAUAA